UAAUGGAUCGUAUUAUAACCCAAUCAACGAGUCGAGCGUGCGGACUGGAGAUACUGCUCUUCAUCUCGCAUGUCUUUUUCUCGAAUCGCCGAUGGACACUAUCAAGAUCCUUGUUGAGCUCGGUGCCGAUAUCAACCUAGAAAAUCUCCAAGGGUACACACCAGUCAUGAUCCUGGUCUCGUCUAAUACCCAGUACUGCUACGAGGCCCUCAAAUUCUUUGUCAUGCGCGGUGCUCGUAUCCCAGCCUAUAUUCGGAGCCCGAUCACGCCACUCAACAGCGCACAGAUGUAUGCACUCAAUCUCGUGAACGAGUCGCGGCAGAUAUACCCAGAUGGCUAUUUAAAAACAGGUGAGGGCGCCGGUGUUGGCCCAGGAGCCAUGCCACCAUUUUUAUCGCAAGAUCGUCGGCACUCUCGGCAGCGAGUCUCUUCCCCAAACCUAAAUGUGCACCAGGAACGUAAUGGGCGUAAAGUUGAGAGGAUAUAUGCGCAAGGACGUCCGCUGAUUCAUGUGGUGGCGGCGAUGCAGGAGGACUACAGGAUCUUGGAUUGUCUGUGCGAGGCGGGCUUAGACCCAGCUAUGCACUUUGCGGGCGAGACGGCACUUGUAGCAGCGGCGGCGCACCUGAGGAUCAAGAACGUGGAAUGGCUGUUGAAUCAUGACCUGGACAUCAGCACUGAGGCUGGGGUUCAGAGAGCUAUCAAGGUUGUCAAGCUGCUCCACCAUUAUCCUUCGUCUGGCACGAACCCUUACUAUGGUAUGGGUGGACACAGCAAGUCCUCCAGCUCAUCCUCAACCUCUGGCAGUCGAAUGACCGACAACAGUCAGAUCUCACAAGAAUUUCCGGAUGACAUUCGAGACUUGGGAAAGUAUAGCUGGGCAGGAGUCGCGUAUGGCGAUGCCGAUCGAAUGAGUAAGGACAUGGUGGGGCCUGUGCUGAACUUGCUUGAGCGGUGGACCGGAAGCAGGCGCAUCGCUAACAGGAAGGAGGUAGCGACGAAACUGAAGCUCAUGUACGGGUCAUCGAUGGACGUCAGAGUGUCAUCCAUCUCGGCCACAAGCACGAACAGUGACAGUAGUGCGAGCAGUCAAGGCAGCCAUCGCGUUUCCCAGCCUUCCCGGCAGAAUCUAGCUCGUGGUGGAUUAGUCCAAGGGACUAAAUCUCUGCGCAAGAGUCAGCGUCAUGUCGUCGACCAAGUCCUCAACGAGAAGCCGCCGAUGCGGUUCUGGUGACGAACGAGCAAACAAUGAAAUUCCUCAAAGUUUUUCUUUUUUUUUUUUUUUUUGUGUUUCACUGGCAUAAUUAAAUACAACAGGGAAAACGCGCGGACUUCGUAUACUUUUUGAAACAGACUAAAUGCCACAUACAUGCAGUAAGGUACAGCGAUUCCAGCCGAUGGGCUGGAAUGCGCACGGAGCAUGGUUCGUGCAGGGAUGAUAUCACGACUUUCUGAUUAGGUCUCUACAGUGGGGUUGAUCGUAUUUGAUCAGAACCACCUCACCAAGUCACUAUGGGAGCACGAUCGCACCCAGCGACGCAGCACCAUAAUAAUAAGUAUGUACAACUUUACUAUGGAACAACCAAAGCCCAAAGGUUAUUUGGCUAAAACCCCAUGAAGCAAUGUAGCCCGGUAAUCU